AAAUAGACGAUUGUCUGCCAGCUUGCAACUAUGUUCGUGCAAUGAUACUCAGAUUUUCUGAUCCAUUCGAAAUGCGAGAAAACGUGUUUCGUAAUCCUCAUACGGUAAAAACUACGAUAAUUCGUACAAGAAUUUUAUGAAGAGAUUAGGACAAAUGAUUUUAGGGUAAAAAUAAGAAAAUAUUUUGACCGUUCGUGUUGAUCGGAUUUAGUUUUUACGAUGUUGUUAAAUAUUGCCUUCGUUCAUUGAUGUUAACGAGAAGGAAUAUAUUAGAUCGAUCGUGCAAAUUACCACGUUAGUUUUGUUUUGUAUUCCGAGGACUAAAGAUCGAGAUCCUCUCUUUCGUUAUCUUAUAUGUAAAUCCAAUAAUUUGAUAAUUAUUUAAUCAGUGUAGAAUGUAUGUUAUUUUUAUGAAAAUCAAAUCAUUAGUUCGUUUUCACGCUAUCUAUGAUAUAAAAUUGUCAGUAUUACAUUUAUUCACAGUUUCUCCUAUAGAAGAAAAAUUUUUGUUUAUAUUUGAUCAUUGUGUAGUAAUAAUAUAUAACGUAGUAUACAAGGUCGUUCCCUGCUUGCGUUUAUAGUUCGUAUAUUGUCCGUACUGUCGUUGACGUCGCACACAUUUCGUAAUAUCUUUUAAGAAUGACGCCAUCUAUAUAAAAUGGAGUUUUGUUGAAGUUUAUUUCUAACCUAAUUAAAACGCAUGAUCGAACGUUGAGAUAUAAAAGUGUAAAAUUAUAAGGAAUAAAGUAGUUGGAAAAAGGAAAUGAGUGAUGUCGAACUACAAGAGGAAGAAAGAGAAGUGCUACAUUCUAUUUAUGAAGGGGAUCCAGCGUUUAAUCAGCUAACACCUACUACUUUUCAAUACAAGUAUGGAGAAGAUAAUGACAUAAAGUCAUUCCUAUUGGAAAUUUCAUGGAGUGCGACAUAUCCAUCUGAAAGGCCAAACAUCAAUAUGAAUACAUUUUACAAUAAGCACAUUGUACAAGAGGUAAAGGAUGAAGUAGUGAAACAGUUAGAAGCAGAAGCAGAUCAAUGGUUAGGUAGUGCCAUGACAUAUACAUUGUUCCAAUAUGUUCAAGAGCAUCUUACAGAAUUGUUAUCUAUGCAACCAGAUUCUGUUGCCGAAAUAAAUUCACAAACCAGUAAACUUAAAAUAUCGAAUGAGAAUCAACAGGUGGAAGAAACUGUAAAAAGGCCAAAGAAAGAACAACUAAGCAAAGCUCAAAAACGUAGGCAAUGGAAUAAAGCGGAUGGAAAAGGAGAAAGACCACGAGGAUGGGAUUGGGUUGAUAUAGUGAAACAUUUAUCACAAACUGGUCCAAAACAAGAACAAGAGUCUUAGUUCAAAUUUUGCAAGACUUUACUGUACAGAUUUAAAAAAGAAAACCUGAUGUUGCGUUAAUGCAGCUCUGGUUGCACCACCAGCCACACCAACAAUAGAUUUCAUUGCGGUUGAAGCACACAAUACGGCCAUUGAAUGAGCUGAGAAAUAAGGUAUUAGUAAUUCCAUGCCCAUUGCCACAUCAUUAAGAAUAUCCGCAAACAAUCUCCAUUUUUUACAUUGUCCAUCUAGGUCAGUCCUAAUAGAUCAGAAUGUUUAUAUAUAACCGUGAAGUUACACCGUAGAUUGAUAAUAUUUAAAAUUUGUCAUCGAUUACAAGAUAAAGCUUAUUAACAGUUUCUAUAAGCAGUUCACAUAGCAAAAUUUUUAUAUAGCUUACCCAUUCCACCAUGCAAAAAUUAUGCGCCCGACCAUACCAGUUCCGUCUUUUAAAAUCCAAGUUAUUGCUGCAGCUAAAGGUGUCGCAGUAGAUUCUCCAACACCUACUCCUUGCAUAAUUGAAUGAGUUGUGAGAGUACCCAUUAUGGUACUUGCAAAAGCCUAUUGCAUUUAAAAAUUUUUUCUUGAAUUCACUCUAUUUUUUUAAACAUAAAACGACGAAUGAAAUGUUCGCUUGUAUUCUUGCAUAUACGAAUUCUAACCUGCACUGUAUCCCAUAUUUGAUAAGGAACGUAAUCAGGAUGAACACUAUCAGGAAAUCCUUGAGGUAAAAAAACGUCUUUGAUAAUCGACAGGAUCCCAGAUAAUAAGGACUUUGUAUUUUUCAAUCCAGUUUGUAAAUUAAUUAUCGACGAGUGAUCUAACCUCGUAACGACAAUUAUAUAUUAGAGUUAUGAUGAAUGUUAUUUAUUAAAAAUAUUUUUCAUAAAAAAGUAA